CAGGGAGAUUAUCAUGUCAGUAGUAAUCCGACUCGUCCCACAAGUACAACUAUGGAGGAGGAGGAGCAACAGUUGAGGGGGGGAGGCAGGAGGCAGAGGCAUCAGAGAAGCUCUCUGCUCCACCUACGGUAACCACGCUCUCCUUCCUCACCCUAACCCAUCUUCUCAACCCGCAGAGUUCCCCUCCCUGGAGCUGAAGAGAAGACCUGCUGCUGGAAAAAGGGUUCAGGUUUGUGCUAAAAGGAGGACCAGAAGUUUUGUAUGGAAAAACAUAUUGACAGACGUUUUCUGAGGUGAACCAGAUGCCAAGUCAGGGACUUCUCUAAACACCAAACUCUCCUCUUUUGGAAUGGAUUAACCUGACUGCCAUGAAGUGCACGCUUACAUUCAGAGGAAUGUUGAUCUUGAUCUUUGCAACCUAAAAGCGUUCCAUGGAAAUGCAAAUGUGAUUUAAAAAAAUAAUACAGUCUGGACCUGAAUCAAGUCAGGACACCUCCCCUACUUGCAGGCACAGGGAGUUGUGAUGAUUUUCUGGGUAAAAUGCAGGAGUCCAGCCCUCGCCUGUGAUGAUGAUGGACUUACCCAGCCAGCACUUGCCUGUGGAGGUCAGCUGAAGACGACGCCACGCAGCUAAGUCUGGAUUAGCCGGCCGAACGAGUUUCAAUGCUCCUCCACGUUCUAAGAUGAAGUUAUGGAAAGGUGCUACAUUUGCCUUCAUGCUCUGUGGCACAGCCCUGUCCAUCCUCCUUGUUAGAAACAUGGCCACGAUCGGACAGUUCAAACCUAAAACAAAAUAUUCUUACACAACUCCGUCCUUAUCAAGACCGUCUUCAUCAUUAGAAUCAACACCCAAGACCUCACUGCCAAUAUCCUCAUCGUCAUCAUCAUCAUCAUCAUCAUCAGGAGCAGCAGAAUCGACCGUGUUGUCCCGGCAGAUGAGUGGUCCACAUCGGAGAACCCGCUCAGCAGACGAGAUGAACUCUCUCCUCUCAGAGUUUUCCGUGAUGUUUCAGAGCUUCACAGAAGGCGAGCUUCAGCAUGUAGUUGGGACCUUGCUCGACAGGAAGAGAAGGAAGAGCCGGCGCCUGGGUGAGAACCAGGCCCGAAGGACUAAAAGAGCCAGGAGGCCUAAGCCCUGCUCUCUGAGGGAGCUGGAGCUGACAGUGAGUGAACUGGGUCUUGGCUAUGAGAGCGACGAGACAGUACUGCUACGCUACUGCAGCGGCAAAUGCACCGCCCACCGGCACAAUUACGACAUCACCAUGGAGCACAUGAUGCGGACAGGCUUCAAGAAGAAAGGCCGCAGGGACAAAGUUAGCAACGGGCCCUGCUGCCGACCCACCGCUUUCGAAAAGGACUUUUCCUUCCUGGAUAACAAAAGCCGCUAUCACACCGUACAAAAUGUGUCGGCGAAGAACUGUGGUUGUGUAUGACCCAGUAAAAUGUACUUCUUCAUGCUGCUCUCAGCCUCUGUUGGUAGAGUUGAACAUGAAUGAUGAUAAAAGAAAAUCUAUGGAAUAUACUGUAAACUCAAGGAAAAAAGGAAAGGAUGGGAACAUGUUUGAGGCUGCUCCAUGGCAGCCUUUUUGUGACAGGCACACGUUUGUGACAUGUGCAAAACACAUUGGAACCACAUCACAUGAACAGCAAGUGGUGUCUUUGUGUGUGGAUUCCAAGAUACACAGAAAAUGACUGUUCGUACCAAAAACGUUUUUAUUAACUUUUUUAUCUGUCUAGUAACACUGUAAACUGUGGUACAACAACAAUGUAGCAACGUUAUGUUUGUGAUAUUACAUUUGAGUAGUAGUAGAACAGGCGAUAGAUGAGCUAUAUGAUGAGCCAUGAGGGACUAGAUUGUUGCUGUUACUACACUUCAUACCAUGGGCGUUCACUUCAGUAAUUUGAAAUCUAGUUUGCAUAAAUAUUAUGGUGAAAA